AUGAGUAGAUCAAUAGGAUUUAACAUCUGUGUGGUCACCUGCAGCAUUCUGCUCUUGUCCUCCAGUCCACCAUGUCUUGCAUCUCAGUCACUGGAGGAGAGGGACAUGACAAAGGUCCAGCAUACCCCCUGGGCAGGGAAUGGGAUAGAGGAUGAAAGGACAAGCAUGCUGAACUUCAGAAACAACCUGGGUCCCUCUGAGCAGACUGUCUCUGAAGAGCCAUGUGAAGUGUCAGCAAAGCCAUCUGGGACACCCUUAAAUGAAGCUUUCACUGCAGAAGAAGAAACUCUACCUGAAAGCCCGAGCCAUGUCAUCCCAGGAAGCCAAGGCCUGGGUGCUCACACCUCUGCUAUGGCAGUGGCUGCUGUAGAUGAGGAGAAGCUUGGUCCCACCAAGUCAGAGCUGGAUGAAGAUGAUUUGUUCAAGGCCAUGUUAACCACAGCUGUAACCACAUUGAACCCCACUGUUCAGGAGGAGUCUGGUGGUCCUGUUAAGGAGACCACCACAGAAAGUGGUGUUGAAAUAAGGCACAGCUCUGCCAGCCUUUCAGCAAGCCCCCUUUCUGGGACAGCUGUGGAGGAAGAGGCAGAGAGCAACUUGCACCCCUCAGCUGCACCCCAGCCAAUACUAUACUCUAGUUCUUCCACUUGGGAAACAGCAAGCGACCACUCUGUCAACCCAACUCCUGAGGCUCAUGGUGUGGCCACUGAGGUGGCAGCUGCAGGAGCGCACACAGGGAGCCCUCUGAGGUCCCUGGUGGUGCGAGCGUCUGUGGCUGCAAAACAAUCCCUCCGGGUGACUGAGGCCUCCCUCCCCUUGGAAGCAGGGAUGGGUGUCUGGGGAGGAGAGCUGCCUGCCACAACUGGCACUGUCACCAUCCAUCCUAUGGACACUCUACCACCUGACUGGGAUGAUACCAAAAUAAGGGAUGUAACAUCUCAUGAGGAGGUGACGAAGGACCUGGAGGCAACAGAACAAUCCCCAACCCCACGGGGAGGUGUGGGAGAGGAAGAGAAUGCAACAAAUGUGCUGCUGUCCCCUGUGUCCCCUCCACCAACUCCUGAGCUUGCCAAGGAGACCAACUGCACAGUGCCAGCACAAGGGGAGGAGUUGCCAUCAGGAUCCACAGUCAACAGUGAUGCUCUCCAAAGUGCAACCCUGACGAGGACAGACAUGGCUGAUCUCAACUCACUAGAAAACAUAAAUACAGUCACAGCAGAGGAGGGGAAGAGCAUCCUGAUAUCACAGCCAGAGGCUCCUGUGGUGACAGAGACACAGUCUGAGCUCUCUCCUACUCUGGAAAGCUCAUGGAAAGGUGUUACUCAGGAGGUGACAACAGUUGCCCGGGAGGCUGAUGCUGCUCUGUCAGUUGUGACACUGGUGCCUGGUGCCACCCAGGGAACAGGAGCGACAAACUUUCACCAGGAAAACAGUGGGGAGGACACCCAGAUGCCAACUGCUCCUAGUGCCACCCAGACACUGGUGGCAACUGGUACUUCCUCUGUGGCAAGCACUCCAGAUGUAGAAGAUCUCACAGAUGUGGACCUGGUCACCAGUGAGAAGGCCAUUCCAGCUCCUGGUGAGUUGACUGCUACACAGUCUGAACAGACAGAGGAGCCCUCGAGCAGAACUGUGGUCCUGGUAACACCAGCAUCCAUGGCCUCUUCUGUCAGGAGGACAGCUCUUCCACCUGUGAGGAGGAUCAGUACAGCUGUGACUUAUGGACUGGACCGCCUGGAGUCAGAAGAAGGUGAGGAAGAGGAGGAAGAAGAAGAAGAAGAGGAGGAAGAGGAGGACGAGGAGGACAAAGACAUAGAUUUGAUGGAUGAAAGCUUGGAAGGUGACACAGACCUACCAGGUUUCACACUUCCAGGAGAGACCUCACAGGAGCCAAUAGGUGGCCUGGAAAACCCUGUGGCCCAGCUGGCCGGUGUGUCCUACCAGGUUCCUGACACUAUUGAGUGGGAGCAGCAGAACCAGGGUCUGGUGAGAAGCUGGAUGGAGAAGCUGAAAGAUAAGGCAGGAUACAUGUCAGGGAUGCUGGUUCCUGUAGGAGUUGGGAUAGCUGGAGCCCUCUUCAUCCUGGGGGCACUCUACAGCAUUAAAAUCAUGAAUCGCCGAAGGAGAAAUGGCUCAAAGAGACAUAAAAGAAAGCAGAGGGAAUUCAACAGCAUGCAAGACCGGGUCAUGCUCUUAGCUGACAGCUCUGAAGACGAAUUUUGAAUGGAACUGCAGUGCCCUUGUGAUAGCCUGUGACUUUUUAAAAGGAGGGAGGGGGAGAAAAAGGAACAACCGACUUUGUGCUGCAUCGCUGCUCCCCACCACCC